UCCCGCUCUCUAUUCGAGGACACACGGGGUUCAGAUCAUAAUGAAUUAAACUCUGACAGAAUACAGGUAGGAUUCUUGUGUAGUACAGGAAAGAGCAUGCUCAUCAAUACGCUAUUUUAUUCAUUCGCGGGAUGUUCUAUGUCGUUUUGGAGAGACACGGAAAGGCAAUUUAAUUUCUGAAGCCGACAUUUCUUCUCUUGGAAUAGAACACAAGACGCACUUCAACUUCGGAUUGGCUCGAGAGGAAACGUCGUUCGCUGCUUUGAAGCAUACUAAGUAAAUUAAAUUAUUCUUUGCGGUGACGAAAAUUGAGUUUGAAUACAUUUAAAUCGAUAUCUUCCACAGACACACACACACACACCGCUAUUUCGUCUGAUGUUUGGACGGCUAUCACUGAGCCGAAACUAUGUGAUAGAAAUCCGUCACGGAUUUGACUAAAGACGCGCCGCAGAUAAAGGAAUAACAAAUCUUCAGAGAAACAAAAAACCUCAUCGCUGUCUGAAGUCUGACGGAAUGGAGCCUUCCAUAGUAUUACUGCUUACGACACUUUUCGGUUUGGGUGAGGGGUCGUCCCACAACUACUCAGAGGGCCGCUCCAACCGCCUGCUGUCCCUGGAGAAGAUGUUCGGUCGUCCUGCGAAACACUCCCAGUGUCAUCACAAGUUGAAACAUCUCCACCACGGGGCCCGGAUCACCGUCCAGAUGCCCCCCAACAUAGAGGGUCACUGGGUCUCUACCAGCUGUGAGGUACGUCCUGGCCCAGAGUUCCUGACGCGGUCGUACCGGUUCUUCCCGAACAACACAUUCCAGGCCAACCAGUUCUACUACAGGGACAACCACUGCACCAGCCCCACCUACACCCUGGUGGUCCAGGGACGGCUGAGGCUCAGACAGGCCUCCUGGAUCAUCAGAGGAGGAACAGAGGCUGACUACCAGCUUCACCACACACAGGUGGUGUGUCACAGCGCGGCCGUGGCCAGGGACCUGAGCCAGAGGUUAAACCAGAGCUGUCCGGGCACCGUGAGGAUCAAAGCACCCUGGGAACCCAACGUCAGCUACGAGCUGUGGAACGAGGAGGGCUGUGACUGUUCCAGAGAGAUCAACCUCUCCAUACACGAGCUACAGCUGCUGCGUGUGGAGAAACAGUACCCUCAUCAUAACUUGGACCACAUGGUUGAAGAGCUGUUCCUGGGAGACAUCCACACUGAGGUAGCCCAGAGGAUGUACUAUAGACCCUCUAGUUACCAGGCCGCGCUACAGAGUGCCAAGAACCAUGACCCCGGCUGCGUCCCCUGUCGUAUCAUCUACCGGUCGGAUGAGUUCCACCCUCCCAUCCUGGCGCCGCGGGCGGACAUGACAGUGGGGCUGACUGGCCAAUGGGUGAGCCAGCGCUGUGAGGUCCGUCCUGAGGUCCUCUUCCUGACCCGUCACUUCAUCUUCCAUGACAACAACCACACCUGGGAGGGCCACUACUACCACUACUCUGACCCCAUCUGCAAACACCCCUCCUUCAGUAUCUACGCUAGAGGGAGGUACAGCCGAGGGACGCACUCAAGCCGAGUUAUGGGAGGCACGGAGUUUGUCUUCAAAGUGAAUCACAUGCGUGUGAUGCCCAUGGACCUGGCCAUCACGUCCCUCCUCAACGUGUUCAAAGGUAACGAAUGUGGCACCCAUGGUUCCUGGGAGGUCGGAGUUGAACAGGACGUCACCCUGACCAAUGGCUGCGUGGCGUUGGGGAUCCGCCUGCCCCACACAGAGUACGAGCUGUUCCGGAUGGAGCAGAACGCCCACGGACACCUACUCCUCUACAACGGACAGAGACCCUCAGACGGGACCAGCCCCGACCGGCCAGAUAAACGAGCAACCUCGUACCAAAUGCCCCUGGUCCAGUGUUCAGCUAGCAGCCAGAGGUCAGAGGUCGUGGGAGGGGAAGACGAGGACCAACCCCUGAGGCUGAGUAAUGGUGGAACCAGAAUGACGUGGAACCAGAACCGGAGGGAUGUUGUUGUGGUUCUGACCGCGCUGGUACUGUUGUUCCGAUGUUACAGCUAAGAACUGACAGUCUGGUUUUUCAUAGUUAAAGAACAGACCUAUUGGUUUUUGUACAUAAAGACACUGACUGUGUGGAGGACUGUGAACCGUGAGAGAGGACUCUAAUCUGACUCUACUUCGGCGUCAACCCUGAGGGAAAGGAGAAUGCUAGUUGCCUUUGGCGCACUUGAACUUUUGAAAUAUAUUUUUGGGCUCUUUUAAAAGCGAUGGAAGCGUUUAAAAGACAAGGUGGAGAUAGAGUGGAGAAAGAGUGGAGAUAGAGUGGAGAUAGAGUGGAGAUAGAGUGGAGCGAGUGGAGAUAGAGUGGAGCGAGUGGAGAUAGAGUGGAGCGAGUGGAGAUAGA